AUGCAUUUAAGCAUUAAAAUUCAUAAGAAAUACGCUGAAACUCACCACAGGCAUAACAGGAUUAAAAGUGCAAUAAACGUCCAGCUAACUGAUGCAUCGUCUGAAGAUUUAAGGGAAAAAUUCAUGAACGUUGUAUUACUUAUAGAAGUCGAAAAUGUUGACGAUGAGGUAACUUCGAAAGGAGAUGAAAUUGUUACUGAAGUUGGAAUGAAAUUUCCAUUCACAUUUGAUUGUAAUGACGAAAAAGUUGUGAAGGGUUGUGAUGUGCACCCUGAAAUUGUUUCACACGUUGCAUUUGUUGAUGGUGAUGAAUUGGAACCAGAUGGAGAUGUUGCUGUUGUUGUUUCUUGCACAGCUGCUGAAGAUGCUGAUGCUGUUCUUGCUUCUUCUAUGACAAUUGAAGAUGACGUUGUGGUUUCCUGUUUAACAGUUGAAGUUGAGGAAAUUAUUUCUGAAGCUCUCUUUAAAGCUCUUAACAGCAAGAAAAAAGAUUAA